UCAACAGCAUCUGGGAGCCAUUCCCAAACUUCCCAUUCCUUAACACAGUCUCUCUCUCUCUCUCUCUCAUUCCCCCUUGUCCUCUUCUCAAUCCCCCUUUCACGUAGCCACCCUGCUCCUUCUCCACGCCCCUACAGUCUCUUCCUGUCCUGCGUCCUCAUGCUCUGUCUUCGUCCUCUCUUCUCUGAAAGGCAGGAUGAGGGGUGGUGUGUGUGUGUGGUAUGUGGGCCUCCUGGUUUUGGGGUUGCGAUGGGUGCAAGGACAAAGUCAAACCAACUUCACAAGGCCAGUUUUCCGAUGUGGAGGUCAUUUAACAACAGAUUCAGGCUUUGUGGCUAGUGAAGACUUCCCCACUCACUACAAACCCAACUCCAAAUGCACCUGGUACAUCACCGUUCCAGUGGGUCAGGUGGUCAUGCUCCAGUUCCGUCUCUUCGACCUGGAGGCUGAUCCGACCUGUCGCUAUGACUACGUGGAUGUGUACAACGGUCACUCGUAUACGGUACAGAAGCUGGGCCGCUUCUGUGGAACGUUCCGGCCUGGAGCGCUUAUGUCCACCUCCAACCUCAUGAUGCUGGAGAUGGUGUCUGACUCGGGCAGGGGAGGGCGUGGCUUCCUGGCUUUCUUCAGUGGUGGAAAGCCACAUGUGGAUGAGACUCAGUAUUGUGGUGGCAGGUUGACAAAGCCUCACGGAUCGGUGAAGACUCCAAACUGGCCAGAUUCUAAUUACCCACCAGGCAUCAGCUGUUCCUGGCACAUCUCUGUAGCGGCCAACAUGGUGCUUGAAGUAAAGUUUGAGAAGCUGGACCUGGAGGCAGAUAAAUAUUGUCGCUUUGACUACGUGGCACUAUUUAAUGGUGGAGAAACAGACAAUUCACGACGUAUAGGCAAAUUCUGCGGAGAUAUAGCACCAGAGCCAAUCGUGACCCGAGGAAACGAGCUGUUGGUGCAGUUUGUAUCUGACCUCAGUUUGACAGGGGCAGGUUUCAGGGCACACUAUAAGAGCAUCCCACGUGGCUCUCGAGCCGCAACACCGACCCUGGACGUUGUGUUUGGAUCUAAAAUGGAUUCUGACCUUGUUAACUCAAUUCCUAAACCUAGAACAACAUCGAAACCCCCAGCUCGAACUAAACCCAAGCUUACACCUAAAGCAACAGUGAAACCUUCAUCUGGGGCACAGAAGCCUAAGCCUGCCAGACCAACUCUCAAACCAGUCAAGCCUAAACCAGCAAGACCUACACCCAAGCCCAAGCCUAAGCCUCCACAAAAACCUGCUAAUAGGGUUACACCAAAACCUGCAGCAAAACCAAAAGUGAAGCCUAAAGCUAAACCAAAUAUUAAACCCGGUGGUAAGGCCACAGCCAAACCAGGCACUAAGCCAGCAAAGCCCACACCUCCAUCUAAAGCCAAGCCCAAACCCAAGCCUGGUGUAAAACCUAUCCUGAAACCAAAAACCAAACCUGCCACCAACACAAGCACCAAGAUCACCCCUGCAGGAAACAAGAAAUCAGUAGAGAAUCCACAGUGUGCACAGCCAUGUAAGAGGACAGGCACUCUUCUGACCACCUUCUGUCCUAGUGACUUUGUGCUGACAGGGAAAGUGACGUCAGUAACCCCAGGUUCACGUGGUAGUGCUGAGGUGGAAGUGAGCAUCAUGAAGACCUUUAAAACAGGCAAACUCAACAUCACCAAGAAAGGCCCAAUUAUGUCUGUCACUCUUACUGCUCCCUGCUCGAAAUGCCCUGCACUGCAAAAAGGAAUAAACUACGUGCUGAUGGGCCAGGUAAAUGAAGGACGUGGCAUUCUGAACCCUUCCAGCUUUGUCCUACUCCAUAAGCAGGUGCAUGAUAAAGCUCUGGCAGUGUUAGCUAAGAAAGCAUGCUAACUUCACCUCAACUCCACCAAUCACGGUGUUGGAAACCAGGCAGGAAAUAAUGAAACUUAGUCAUUAAGUUUAAUCCUGAACCUAACAAAAAAAAAAAAAUCACUUCUGAUUUAUAUAUUUAAACAGACUGUCUAUACAUCCUGUUGCCACGGCUAGAAAUGAAGUGUGUACUUACUUUUAAAAUAUUAUUCACCUCAACAUGAAAUCCAGAAACUACAAGCUUUUUAAACUUUCGAUAAGAUCUGUGCAUGUGACACAAAUAUAUGGAGCAGAUUUUUCAGGCUGCAGAAUAUGGUUUUGUAUUAUCUGUGCUAGACAGAUCACAUUGUAUUUUUUAUUUUUAAAUUAUAUAAG